AUGGCCCAAUCUACGGAUCCAGAUCAAUAUGAUUAUGGAAUAAUGCAUGAUCAAGAAACACAACAACGUAUGCUUGAUGAAUUUAAUAAUGAAAUUCGAAUCAAAGAACGGGAAAAAGAGAGUUUAAAGAAUGAAAUAAAAAAAUAUGAAGAUCAACGAAAAGAAUUAUUAGCUGAAGAGGAAAAACAUGAAAAACGUAUUAAAGAAUUAGAAGAAUUAGUUCGACGUGAAAAAGAAGAAUUAGAUAAAUUAGAUCGAGAAUUAAAAGAUUUACAAAAACAAAAAGAUGAUAUGGAAAUGGAACUUGAACGACAACAAGAAAUACUUGAACAACGUGAAGCUGAACUUGAAAAAAUGACUGAUGAAUUAGAAAAAUUAAAAGAUUUAUUAGAAGAAUAUACUGAACAAAAAAAUAUACUUGAAGAAAAACGAGAAUUAUUACAACAUGAACGAGAAGAAAUUGAACGAAAAAUCAAUGAGCUUCAGGGACAAAUUAAACAAUUAGAACAAGAAAUGAAAAGUCUUGAAGAACGUAUUCGAUUAAUUGAAGCUGACAUUAAACGUAUGGAAUAUGAAUUAGAACAUAUUCGUGAAGAUAUUCGACGAACUGAACAAGAAAUUGAAAGAUUAGAAAAUGAAAUUGAAAAAACACAACAACAAGUAAUAAAUCUUGAACGAGAAUGUGAUAGAUUAGAUGACGAAAUUAAUCGAAUUGAAGAUUUAAUGGAACGAAUUCAAAGAAUUAUUGAAAUGAAAGAAAGUGAUAAAGAAAGAUUUGAACAAUUAAAAAAUGAUCUUCAACGAGAAUUAAUACAAGCUGAAGCAAAACGAACUCAAAUUCAGGCAGAGCGACAACGAUUAGAACAAGCGGUGAAAGAAGUUCAGGAAACAAUUAAACCGCUUCAAGAUAAAGUAAAAGAUAUAUCUAAUAAAAUAACGAAAAAAGAAACUGAGUUAAGAAAACUCCAGCAAGCUGUUCAACAAGCUAAAAACAACGUCACUAUGAAAGAAAAAGAAUUAAAUCAAUUGAAAGAAGACAGUAGAAAACUUGUUGAACAAAUAAAAACUCAAGAUAACGAAUUAAAAAGAAUGGAAACAAUGAAGAAAACUUUAGAUGAUCAACAAAAACAAUUAGUAGAUGAAUUAAAAACAAUUAAUAUUAAUCUGGACAAAGCCAAGAAAGAUAGAAAUGAUUGUUUAAAACAAUUAAAAGAUCAUAAACAAACAUUAAAAAAAUAUCAAUCGGAACUUAAAACUGCUAAAGACAAAGAAAAGAAAGCAGCUGAAGCAUUAAAAAAACAAGAAGAACAAGUUACUGCUGCACAAAGAAAACUUCAAAGUUGUACUCAAAAAGAAGUCAAUGCAAAUAAAGAUCUUCAAGCAGCUGAAACUGCUGUCAAAGAAAAUAAAUUAGUCGUAGAAUAUCAACAAAAUUUAUUAAGAAAAGCUGAAAUAGAAUUAGCAGCAUAUGAAGCAUAUCUCGCAGCAAAUCCCAAAGCAUCAAGAGCUGAAUUAUCUGUUAAACAAAAUACUGUUGCAACAUGUAAAACAAGUUUAAGCAAUGCGCAAGCAAAAUUGACAAAUAGUGAAAAAUUUCGAGAUCAAAAACGUCAAGAUUAUAAAACAGCACAAGACAAUAAGAAGAAAGCCGAAGAUAAAUUAAAUGAAGAAACAGGAACACUUAAAAAAAGACAAGAAGAAUUAAGAACUCAAAAUGUUGAAGUUGAAAAAGCAGUAAAAAAAGUAAAUGAUCAAGAAAAAUUAGUAACAAAUACUGAAACUCGACAUAAACAAUUAUCUGAUCAAGUAACAAAAAUUCAAGGUGAAAAAGAAACAAAAACUAAAGAAAUUGAUAAGAAAAAAGGUGAAAUAAUUAAUCAACAAAAAAAAAUUAAUACUAUUAAAACUACAUUAAAAGAAUUACAAACUAAACAAACAACUAAUAACAAUAAACAAACAACAACAUCCAAUCAAUUAACAAAAUUAAAAGAAGAACAUAAUAAAAAAAUAACUGAACAUAAGAAACAAUUUGAUGAUAUUGAAAAAGAUAAAAAGGAACGAGAUACAAUAAAAAAACAAAUUCAAGAUAAGCAAAAUGAACUUAAUAAAAAAGAACAAGAACUUACAAAAAAAUUAAAUGAAGAAAAUGUUAUUAAUGGUAAAAUACAAAAUACUCGACAAAAUUUAACAAUGAUUAGUAAAUCUAUUGGUGAAUUAAGAUCUGAUUUACGUGAACAAAAAAAUAAUCAAGAUAAAGUUAAUAAAGAAAAAUCUAAAAAAGAACAUGAAUUACAAACAACGAAAAGUAAAAUAGAAAAAUAUGAAAAUGAAAUUGAACGAAAUGAAAAUGAUCGAAGACGAUAUGAACGUGAUUUAAAUAUUAAACAACAUGAUUUAAAUGAAAAACAACGUGAUCAUCAACAAUUAAAAUAUACUUUAGAUCAACAUCAAUAUGAAAUAUCAUCAAAAAGAUCUGAAAUUAGUUAUUAUGAACAAAGUAAAACAAAUUUAGAUGCUGAUUUAACAAAAAAUAAAAGUCAGAUUAAAGCAUUCGAUGGCAAAAUAAAAGAUGUUUCAAAAAAUAUUGAUAAACAAGAAAAAUCGAAACAAAAUGCUGAACAACAAUUUAAAGAUGCUGAACGUGAUGUAAGAAGUACAAGAAGAGAAUUUGAAAAAUUAGAAAAAAAUUUCAAUGAUUUUGAAAAACGUUAUAAUGAAAGUAAUAAUCGACAUAAUCAAGCAAUUAAUGAUUUAACAACAGCUCGUAAUGAUAAAAGUUCGAUUAGUCAUAAAUUAACUGAAAAUCAACGAUUCAUCGGUAUACGAGAAUCAAAAGUUCAGCAUAUUGCUCAUUCUGUAGCAUUGAAAGGAACUGAAAUGUCAGAAUAUAAAGACAGACAAGGGCUAAAUAAUCAAAGUGAUGCCGACAAAGAAAAUCAAAAAGAAGAAAACAUUCAAGAAAAACCAAGUUUCCUACCAAGAUUCCAAGAACAAUAUCAGGAAAAUCGACAUUAG